AUGGAGGGAAGACGGGCUGUGUGGAGUGGGAGCGGCGGCGGCGGAAAUGUUUUCCGAGGACCUAUAUCGGCGGAGCGCGUGAGACUCCAGGCGCUCGCCAAGGAGUUCGCAAGCCUGUUGGCAGAGGCGGUCAAGAGCGCGUCUACUCCUACGGCGGGGGAAGGGGCGCAGGGCAACUCCAUACCGGAGCCCAAGCACUUCUGGCUCGUGCCCGUGCUGCACAGGCUCGCGGACAUCGCGGAGCGAUUGGAGGCGUCGUACUGCCGGCAGCCGGGCGUCAACGUCUUCGAGAACCGCAGAUACAUGUACCCGAUCGGGCAGGCCAUUCGCCUGGCAACGAUGGGCACGGUCGACGACGACCGAUACAGCCAGCCCACCCGCUUCGUCACCAGCGUCCUCUUCGGCCUGUUGAGGAGCGGGGGAGGGGUGGGCGGCGGGGCUAUCGUGCUGGCCGCGGUGUGCAGGUUCCUGUGUGCCGUAUCGAUGGCCACGGUGGACCAGGGCUCCCGUACCGCCCCCCCGCCCCCGAUCCCCUCCCUUCUCAGCGAGGAGAUCGAGAUCUACGAGCAAGUGCUGUCGUGGGCACGGGGAGGGGCACCGCCUGCCUCCGGCGGCGGUGGUAGCUUCGACGCGGCCGCUGCGCAAGCGGCGAUGGAGAAGGGGCGGGAACUGGUCCGCUCGAAUAUGAGGGCUGCCAACCCGGAAGAGGGCAGCAAGAGCGGCGGCGGGGACAAGGGGAAGGGCAAAGCGAAGGUGCCGAGGACGGCGGCGGCGGAACAAGCGGCUGGGGGAGCCGCAGGAGGAGGGAGUGCCUCGUCUGGGGGGGGCACCGAGGUUUCCGAGGCAGAGGGGGCGGGUGCCGGGAGUGAUGUUGCGCCCGGAACGACAGCGCCAGCAGAGUCCCCAGAAGCGACGGUAGCAGCGGCGGCAACAAUGCCGCCGACGGCGGCAGAGGUCCUGGCCGACCGUGCGUCAGCGGAGGCGGAGCUGAGGGCCCACGCGACGGGGCUCCUCGCGGCCGGGCUCCUCUCCAGGGAGCUGUCCGACCUCAUCGUCAACAAGGGCUUCGCGGCCCACCUGGUCCAGAGGCUGAGGGAGGGACCGGUGGCGGACCACCUGCGGGCCGAGGCCGCCAAGGAGCACCACCGGAAGCCGGCACCGACGUACGGACGUUGGGCUAACGUCGCGGCGGUGGAGGCGGAGCACGUGGCCGCGUGCAUCAGCGGCAUCGGCGGGUACCAGGAGAUCUUGACCCCGUUGUUUAGCGGGGACGGCUUAGCCGUGGUGGACGUCCUGCUGGCGAACCCGCAGCUGGAGAUCAGGGGGCACGCCGUGGAGCUGCUGUCCACGCUGCUCGUACACAAGAAGGUGGGAUUGGCGUUUGUCAGACGGGGGUGGGUCCGGACUCUCCUUCGACUGGGGGCUCUCGAAGAUGGGACUGCUUUCCUGGAGCCCGAGGUGGGCUACUGCCUCCACGUGCUGGCCUCCAGCGGCGGAGUGAUGGAGGCUGUGUGCAGAGCGCAGGAUGAUACCCUGGAGCGCUUGCUUGCGUACGCGGCAACGCUGCUGCGUUCCCCAAGCGAGUCAACGCAGAGAAACGCCUUGUUGUUCUGGGAGGCGGCGAUGCGUUUCCCGCCGGCUCUUGAGGCGUUCGACCAGUACGGAGGGGUGUCCAAGCUUGUCUAUCUCCUGCUCCCAACCGGGCAGAGCUACCCUGACGGGGCUGCUUCUUCUGGGACGGCCGCAGGCGGCCGCGGUCGCACCGCCGCCGCCGCCGCCGCCACCGGUACAGAAUCCGCCGGAGCAAGCGCACGCAACAACGGAGAAUCGUCGUCGCCUCCCAGGCAGCGGAUGCGGUGGUGGCGCAGUUCGCUCGAUGCGCUCAACGGCGGCACCGGUCUUGGGGGGGGGCAGGGGCAAGGUGGCGGCUCCUCGGCGACGCCCCAUCGCCGUACGCAGGUGACUCUGGGCGCUUGCGGCUGCGUCCGGCAGUACCUCCGGUGCAGCCUCGCGCUCGCCGUGCUCAAGCAACGGGGGGUCUCCGCGGCGGGUGGGCACGCCUCCAGGCAUCACCACCACCACCAGCAACGCGCGCGGCGAGGGAGCGAUUUGUUGUCGGAGGCGGCGGCGGCGGCGGCGGCGGCAGGAGUAACGCCUCCGUCGCCGUCGUUGUCGCGGGCGCCCGGCCGACCGGCCUGGCAGUGCAAGCCUCUGGCAGUAGAUGACGCCAGCCACGCGGCGAAUGUCGCGGCGGUGAAAGGGCAGGGAGGGUUGGGGGGCGGCUGGGAAGGCAGGACGGCGGCGGGCGUGAGGGACAGGGAGGCCGUAACCGUGCGGCUUGGGAUGCACUGGUCCCCGGCGGUACAAUUGAUGCACCAUCGUGGCAUGCAGGCGCUCAUCAACGUGGUGGACGAUAUGUUGAGCCAGAGGAUGGGGGCCGAGACUGUGGUAUACGCGCUUGAUGCCCUCGGGACAGCAGUUCUCUGCCCCCUGGUUUACCCGGAGUUCUGCCGCGCGGGCCCCAACUCUCCCGCGGGCGGCGGCGGCGGGCGGUCAUCGUCCACUCCCGCCCGCGACGGCGACGGCGGCGGCGACGGCGAUGGCGAUGGCGAAGCCGCACGAUCGCAACCCCCGCCGCCGCUGCAGCCCCGUGGCGGUAGGGCCUCCUCCGGAGGCGAGGGCCGCCGUGGCGCAGGCGGAAGAAGCGGGAGGCGUGGCGGUGGUGGGCGGUCGGGGGAAGGUGAUGAGGGUGGAGGAGGGGGCGGCAGUGGGGGCGGAGCGCUCCCGCGCAAUCGUCUGGGCGUGGACGUGUUGCUGGAUGCGGCCGCGGGGGUGCGGCAGAAGGACCCGGGGGUGAUGUGCGCCGCUCUGAAUGUUCUAGACCGGUGCUGUCGGCCGCACAAGGGGUGCGGGCCCUUGAUUCAACCGGGAACGGCGACUUCCUCCUUCGCCGCAACGGACGGCGGCGACUCAACGGCAACUCAGCCCGGCGGCGCCACCGCCGGUAGCAGCACUCGCAGCGGCAACAGCAGCAGCAGGCCUCUACACGCCGGCGGCGGCGGGGGUGGCGGCGGCAACAGGUCGGGACCGGCUGCCGCAGCCGGAGGAAGAGGGGGCACCGCAGAUGGGCGUGGGGGGGACGUCGGGGCUGAGGUCAAGCGGCCCUCGGCGAGCGGUGAUCCUACCGCGGCAGCCGGGCACAGAGACAACCUUCGCCUCGCCAGCGGCGGAAGAAGCACGCCUAGGGGAGGUGGCGGCGGCGGCGGCGGCGGCGGCGUUACCUUUGCCGCCGGGUCCCGGCGUGACGGUAGCGGUAGCGCGCAAGGCGGCGGCGGGGAUCGCGUGGUGGACGACCGGCUCCAGCGCCCCAUGCGCAAGCUGAUAAGGGAGAGCAACGGGCUCCGGGUGCUCGUGGGGCUGCUGCGCUACCGGAGGCAGGUGGUAGCCGCGGACGCCGUCCGGUUGAGGGCGGCGCUGUGCCUCCUGGGUCUGGCCCACGACGUCCACAUCGCGCAGAUGCUUGAGAAGAUGCGCAUCACCACUACCCUGAGCGACACCGUGCGUGCGGGCCCGGUGGUUGGCAGGAACGUGGAGACAUACUCCCAGUUGCGGGAAGCGGCUAAGCAGAUUAUCGCGAGGGUCGCCGGCCGGUUAAGCGGGACGGUGGGCAAGAGCGGCCUCAUGGACCCGGCGGUAACCGGCCUCGAGCGAGCCGCUGUCGUAGCCAACACGCCCAUCACCUUCAGGCCGAGAGAGCUUCUGGGGAUCAUCCACGAAUACCUCGCCGCCAACGGACUCGCCGGUGCCGCGGAGGCGUUGGCCUCAGAAGCGGGGAUAACGCCGGGUAUGACGGCGGCGGCCGGCGGCGGCGGCGGAGCGGGCGAGUCUCCUCUCCCUGGCCACGCCGCCGCCGCCGACGGAUGGAGCGGCGGCGGGACAAGCGCCCCGCCAGCGGCGGAAUCGGCGGCGAAGCUAUUGCCACCCCCGUUGCUGUCGCCUGUCUCAUGCUCCGCUGGCCCGGAGGCUGACCGGAGGAGAGCGGGGGGGAGGAGCGGGGGUAGCCGUGAUGACAACACGGAGGGGGACAAGAGGGGCGGCGUUAGGGGGGUUAAACGGUUGUCCUUUUCCACGGCGGCGGCGGCGGGGGGGAAGGGGAAGGGCGUCGCCGCGGGAUCAGGCGGCACCGGCGGCGGUGGCGGCAAGAAACGGGGGGAGGCAAAGGCGGGGACGGCAUCAUCGUUGAAGCGGUCGACCUCUCGCUCUAGAAGUUCGGCAGCCGGCUAUCCGGAAGGGGAGGGAGCGCGGGCCGCGAAGCGCGCUAGGCUCGCGAACCCCGACGCAGGUCCAAGCACGGAGGUUGGCGACUCAAGUCACGCCGACGAUGGUGACGAGCCCAAGAGCAAGCAAGUAAAAGAAGAACAUGAUUCGGCAGAACUGAGGGAUAUCAGCAGUAGCGGUCGCCCGGCCCCCCGCCCCCGCGCCCGCUCCCCCGCCAUACCGGCGAUGACGCCGAUGGGGCGAGCGGGAAGGAUAGCCGCCGCAUUCGCGUCGCCGAGCUACUUCGGCGAUUGCGGCGCCCGGCGACGUAGCGGGAACCCUGCGGCAGCCUCCGGUCACCGGCGACGGCCGCCGCCGGGCGGUGUCCCGCCAAGGGCGGGCGCGACGCCGGGCAAGACCUCUUCCCGGGCAGAAGGAGGGGGCGGGAGCGGGGGGGGGCGGGCGCGAGCGAAGCCGGAGCGGUCAUCGUCUACGCCGUCACGGCCGAGUACCGCCUGCUCCUCUCCGUUGUCCGGUGGCGGCGGCGGCUGCUCGUCGUCGUCUGCGAGCGUCGCCGCGAGCCGGGGGAAGCGCUCUACGAGGACGGCGACGGCGAUGGCGGUCUCCUCGGUGCCUGCUGCCGGCGGCGGCGGCGGCGGUGGGGGUGCUUGCGGUGGUGGCGUUACCGUGGGACGGGGGGCGAUGACGACGCGCCGUGUCGCCGGCGGCGAGCGGGAGGACGGCAGUUGGGCGGCGGCGGCGCCGGUAGGGACUCCGCGUGGUUUUUACAACAACGGCGACCCGUCGGUGUCACCGUGGACGGCGGCGGCGGCGGCGGCAAGAGCCCCUUCGGAAGAGGGUGGUUGCGGGGGCGGAGGGAAAGGUGCCGGUUCGUUCGAGAGCCGGUGCGGGGGCGGAGGCGGCCAGCGAGGAAGAGGAAGAGGGACCGUAGCAGUCGGCGGCGGCGGUGGUGGCACUAGGCAAGAAGGCGGCGAUGGAGCUGCUGCUGCUGUCGCGGGAACGACGGCCCUCGACAAGAUCGUCACCAGCUUCUUGAGGAACCAGCACGAGCGGUGCUCGGAUCCCAUUUGCGUGCUGCCCCCGCUGUCGCUCUCCGAACCGCACCAGUGCCCCGGGAGGACUCCCGCGGGGGCCAUGGGGUCCGGGGCGCCCCCGAACGUCGCGAAGCGCGCGCUUGCUUGGCAGGAAGGCUACGUGAAGGCUCAAGCUUGA